UGCUCUCAGGGCUGCUAGAGAGAAUCUCUUGAAGCUUCUUGUUAAGUUCUUUAGAAGAGACAUGGCACAAACUGGACUUCUGAUUUUUCUACUCAUAAGCAUACUACUGUUGGAUCAGACCAUCAGCCAGGCUUCCAAAUUCAAAGCCAGGAAGCACAGCAAACGUAGAGUGAAAGAAAAAGAUGACCUAAAGACCCAGAUUGACAAAUUGUGGCGAGAAGUAAAUGCUCUGAAAGAAAUGCAGGCACUUCAGACAGUCUGUCUCCGUGGGACAAAGGCCCAUAAGAAGUGCUACCUCGUAUCAGAAGUCGCCAAACAUUUUCAUGAAGCCAAUGAAGACUGCAUAGCCAAGGGAGGGACACUGGCUAUACCAAGGAAUAAUGACGAAACAAACAUUCUUCGAGAUUAUGGCAAGAAAAGUAUGCCUAGAGUGUCUGAGUUUUGGUUGGGUGUCAAUGACAUGAUAAAUGAAGGGAAAUUUGUUGAUGUCAAUGGCAUGGCUCUACAGUACUUCAAUUGGGAUCGUGCCCAACCGAAUGGGGGGAAGCGGGAAAACUGUGUCUUUUUUUCUCAGUCAUCACAAGGCAAAUGGGUGGAUGAAGUCUGCCGUACUGCCAAAAGAUAUAUUUGUGAAUUUCUGAUCCCAUAAUUACAUAUUCAAGUAACCAUGACCAUGUUUUGGGUUAUUAACAGGCAGCUUUCUUGCUAAUAACCCCUCCUGCUUGGACAGUGGCAAGUUAGAAAUAUCCAUCAUCUGCAUUGUACUCUUUCCUGAAACAGACAUUUUCUCUAUUAAUUUAUUUUCUAUUCAGAUGCUAAAAUAUUAUGUUUAGUGAGUGCUCUUAUUAUGUACAGGAAUAUACAUUAUGUUUUGACUUACAUUGUAUCGUAUUUUUGGCAUAUUAUUUCAGCCUGAUGUUCGGGUUGCUCGAAUUCACCUUCUAUUUCUGCACUUUGUAUCUCCAUGGUAGGGUAGUAUUUACUUGAACUCAGAACUCUAGUGAAUCUAUUGAAAGUUUACAAAAGAUUGCUGUAUGGUGACAUGUGCAAAUAUAAGGUGCAGGGAUCCUUUCAGUUCUAGUGUUUAAGAGGGACCUUGGGGAUUAUGUGAGCUCCUGUGAAAAAUCACCAUCAUCCUUAUAGAGUUUAACAGAAUGGAUCUGUGACCAAGAGUUUUACUGAUGGGUUAAGAAAGCCACACGAAACAGAAAAAUCUGAUGUCAAUUUUUAAACUACAUGGAGUUAAAAGUGAUACAGUGCUAGAAAGUGGGGGAAGUAGUUGUUCUAAAACAUCACUUAGCGUAAACAUGUUUGUUUCUAAAUGUCUCAA